AUGAAGCUCUUCGCUGUGGCAUUUGCUAUCGCUACCAGCGCCGUCAUGGUCAUGGCUGCGCCGGCCCCUGGAAACCAGCUCGAGCCUCGAGUAGAAUCCUUGCCUGGAACUUGCAACGGCACGCGCUGCAAUUUGGGGGGAUCACACUAUGACUGCUACCGGGGCACUUCUUGCACCGAACAAGCUGGAGCGGGAGACGGAUGGAGAUGUGAUGUCUCGACCAUGACUACCCUCGCCACGUGCCCUGGUAAGGGUAACUACGAUGGGCCUACCUCCUAA